UGUCGCCGGAUAUGCCACUCGCAAGAGUGACAUACGGAAAAUUCGCCCCUGGGGUUGUAGACGGAUGUAGUGAUUUAUGCAUUCUACAAGUGUUUUAGCUCUCAGUAAAACACUCCUGUCCAUAUGAUAUGGAAAGAUAUUUUAAAUAGUAAAGAAAGGACAAAUCGAUGGAGGCUGACGUUGAAUUUUUAAUGUUGUUUUCUAUCGCUUUAAGAUGAAAUGUUCUGUUCUCCUAACCCAUGUGAACAUGAUGGUAGAUGCGUGGAGACGCUGAAAGGAUACAGAUGUGUUUGUCAAGAUGGUUACACAGGAGUUAACUGUAAAGAUCCAGAUCCUUGUUUACCAAACCCUUGCCUACAUGGUGGAAACUGCGAAAAUGUUAAAGGCGUUGCACGCUGUCACUGUCAUCCGGGGUAUCAUGGAACGUACUGCCAUGAAACCUAUGUCUGUUAUGUGAAUCCUUGUCAUAACGGCGGAAGAUGCAUAGAGAACCCUUUGGCACCUUGUCGUUGUUCCAGAGGAUACAUUGGGAAAUACUGCACGGGUAGGUGUGUUCUGAAAAAUACGUCAGCUUUGCAAUGCGAGAUAAAUUGAUUACCUAAUGGUCUUCAGGUAUUAUUGUGAUAAAAGUUGUCUAAUACUUGACGACUAGACUGAGAACUUGGAGGUUUCAGUUGUACAUGUGUAGGCAGUUAAACUACGAAUUUGUCAAUAGUCAAGCCCGCAGCAAUUCUAAAAGUCAAAUUCCGAGUUGCCUUUGUCUCUGUUUCAAGACGGGUCCUCGUGCAAAACAUUUCAGAUGAAAAUGAGUUUGAUUUGCAUGAAAAUGAACAUGCAGAUAAAACACAUUUUUAUAUGAGUGGUUUCACACGAAGAAUCGUUGAGACACGGAGGCAAUGGCAACAAGGAAAUGGCCUAUUAUGUAUACCUAUUUAGAUCCAUAGCAGAUUAGAUAACAGCCUUACUUCUAGCUUCACAUCCAUAGUGUUAGGGAAAGAUAGUGAAAAUGGUACAUACUUAACCAUGCAUGCCUCAAUUCCUAAUACACAUGAUGAGUUUUACAGCAUUUACGUGAACCGGUUACUUUAAGGAUAUAAUUUUCUCUUCAGAUCACGUGUGCCAUCCUAAUCCCUGUCUCCAUGGAGGCGCCUGCAAAGUAGUUGAUCACCCAACAGGGUCAAGAAACAAUAGAUGGAAUUUCCACUGCAGCUGUUCGGAAUGGUAUCGCGGUAGAAUUUGUCAUAGUAAGUGGCAUUUUAUGAAAAGGACAAAAGGCGCACCGGCCGUUCGAGAACAACACGAAGAAGAAAUCCCAGUGGAAAUCAAAAUGCUACUUUGGCUAUCAGGUUUAUAAUGUUGUAUGGUGUUCAGUAA